AUGAGUUUUGGUUUGCAGAACGCUACUAGUACGUUCCAAUGUUUUAUAGAUGAAGUUGUUCGUGGACUUGAUUUUGUUUUCGCGUAUGUCGAUGAUAUCUUCACCGCAAGUGAUACACAUGAAAAUCAUCUCCAGCACUUGUCUCAGCUUUUUCAACGUCUUCGCGACUAUGGUGUUCACUUUAAUCCAGACAAGUGUGUUUUCGGGCAAUCUUCUCUUGACUUUCUCGGUCAUUGUAUUGAUUCGAGUGGAAUCAAACCUCUCUCGUCUAAAGCUGAUGCAAUUCAGCGCAUCGCACCUCCUUCUUCUUUACGUCAACUUCGCCAUUUUUUGGAUCUUGACUCUUGGACACAUGUUUUUGUUCGAGAUGAUUCUGUCAAAGGACCUCUUGUUUCUCCUUAUAAAGGACCGUUUUGUGUGCUUUCCAGCACACCGAAAAUAUUCGAACUUGACAUUAACGGUCGUUUGGAGACCGUCUCUGUAGAUCAUCUUAAAAGGGCAUAUUUUGAGGUGUCCCCAUUUUUUGAUGACACCACUGCCACAACCACCUUUGAAUCUUCACAUGCACCUUUGACAACACCACCACUUACACAUGCACCUUUAUCAACACCAACUUUGGCAACACCACCUUCGUCGUUGCAACCUGCCUCGAACAAACCUUAUGUUACAAGGUCAGGCAGAACUGUUCACUGGCCAAAGAAACUUUCAAAGACUAUUUAUGUUUGA